AUGAUGCUUCAAAGCCGUGGGAAAAGAACAAUCUGCAAGUUGGGUUACCAUCUUUUAACAGUUGCUCUGCUCGUUGUGGUUAUUUUUAUUUUUACUGAAGCAGCUGGUGCUUUUCGAGGAGACUGUUCCUUCUUUCACAAUACGUUCGAGAGAUAUGGAGUAGGGAUGACAGUUGCAUUAUAUUUUACGAGAUAUUUGACUUUUGUAACCUUGCCACUAUCGUUGUUCAAUUUUCUUGGAAUUGUGUUAUACAAUACAUGGCCGAGGACACCGACUCUAAAAGGAACAUUUCUUCACGGCCCAUUCAUCUGUUUUAGAGUAGUUACGAAGGGGUUAUAUCCAAAUUUGGUAAAGAAAAAUUUGGAGAGAAACAUUAAUAUAUGCAAUAGUAUCGGAUUAAGUAACUUCAUUUUCGAAAUUGUCACGGACAAAGCCAUUGAUAUUCCAAAGAAUAUGCUCGUAAGAGAAACCGUCGUUCCAUUUAAUUAUCGAACUUCUAAAAAGACGCUCUAUAAGGCCCGCGCUCUUCAGUAUUGUUUGGAAGACAAUGUGAAUACUUUGGAUGACGGAGACUGGAUUGUUCACCUCGAUGAAGAAACAGUUCUGACCAAAGCAUCUGUGAUUGGAAUCCUCAAUUUCAUCGAAAAGGGAACAGCGAGUUUUGGACAAGGCAUCAUAUCGUAUGCAAACGAAGAGAUCUUUUGUUGGGUCACUACCAUCUUCGAUUUCGCCAGAGUUGGAGCAGAUUAUGGUAUCUUACGAUUUUGUUUGAAAUAUUUCAGAAAGCCUGUGUUUAGUUGGAAAGGCAGCUAUGUUGUUUGCAAUGCAGGGGCAGAGAGAAACGUCUCCUAUGAUUUUGGAAUAGAGGGUAGUAUUGCCGAAGAUUGUUUCUUUGGACUUACAGCAUGGAAACUGGGUUACUCGUUUGAUUUCAUCGAAGGCGAAAUGUGGGAGAAGAGUCCGUUUUCAUUAACGGACUACAUCAAACAAAGAAAACGGUGGAUACAGGGUAUAACAAGGACUUUUCUCAGCAGAAGUAUCCCAUCCAGUCAGAAAUGUGGAAUCCUUUUUAUGAUACUCGGGUGGGUAACAAUGCCACUCACCGCUCCCAAUGCUGUAUUGGUGCCAAUGUAUCCACUUCCGAUGCCAAGGAUCCUCUGUUUUCUAUGCGGAUUCAUGGGAGGCGUGAUGAUGUUUUUAUUCAUCAUUGGUGCGUUGAAAUCGUUUAAUUAUCAGAGAACUGGCCUGUUGAAGUUUCUGGUUAUUUGUCUCUCUCCAGUUCUACUUCUUCCAUUCUUUGUGCUGACGGAGACUUGUGCCGUAGUCUAUGCUUUUCUUACAUUCAGGACAAUCGAAUUUCACACCGUCAGGAAAGAAGAGGAUCGAAUUAUUCAUGUAAAAUGCAGUUCAUUCAAAGAAAAUAAUCUUGUGGACGUGUAAAGUUUAGUAAAUUGUUUAGCUAUAUUGCAGCAAACAUUAUGCACCGUGACACUAGAAAAUAAUACUCGUUUUUUUGCAUAUAUUUACAUUCCAUUGUAUUU